CCUAAACACACACUGACUGACACUCUUCUGAAUCAGAGAGAUAUUAAUAUUACCGCGCGCGCGACACACACAGACACAAAGUAACCGCCGCGCGCGAUCUGAUACAUCGUUCCAUUCAGGCGCGGAUUAGAACUCUUUGUUACACUGUGACGUUGCAGUGAUUGUGAUACAUUGUGUCUGAUGAAGAUGAUGAUGGAGCGCUGGAAGGGGAGAGUCGCGUUGGUCACCGGAGCGUCUGUCGGCAUCGGAGCGGCUGUCGCGCGCGUUCUCGUUCAGCACGGCAUGAAAGUGGUCGGUUGCGCGCGGAACGUGGACAAAAUCGAGAAGUUGGCAGCCGAGUGUCAGAGCGCCGGAUACAGCGGCACCCUGAUCCCGUAUAAGUGUGAUCUGUGCAACGAGGACGAGAUCCUCUCCAUGUUUUCCGCCAUUAAGACGUUGCAUCAGGGAGUGGACGUGUGUAUUAACAACGCUGGUCUGGCUCACAACGAACCACUGCUCAGCGGAAGCACUGAAGGGUGGAGGAAUAUGAUCGAUGUAAACGUCCUCGCUCUGGCCAUCUGCACACGUGAGGCCUACCAGUCCAUGAAGGAGAGAAACGUGGACGACGGACACAUCAUCAACAUCAACAGUAUGGGGGGUCACAGGAUGGUGCCCAGCGCUGACGAACACUUUUACUGCGCCACCAAAUAUGCUGUGACCGCCAUGACAGAAGGAUUGAGACAGGAGCUACGGGAGGCCAAAACACACAUACGAGCCACGGUGAGCAUACACACACACACACACUCACGCAUUCCACACACACAAACCAGGUCUUGACCCUCAAACAAGCCU